CAAUUACCAACAAUUAGUUUAUAGGAGAAGGGAGGAAAGAGGCGCGCUGCCAAAAUGAUGGAAGAAAUAGAUAGAUUUCAAGUGCCGAGUGCCGUGCAGGAGGCGGAGAUGCAGGCUGAGAUGCAGCCGCUGGACCCGGCCUCGUCCACAGCCUCAGAGGCGGACUCAGAUACCAGAGAGGGGGAACCUGUCACUAUUAACUACAAGCCUUCACCCCUGCAGAUGAAAAUAGAGAAACAGAGAGAGCUGGCUAGGAAGGGCUCAUUGAAAAACGGCAACACUGUAGGAAGUCCAGUCAACCAGCAGCCCAAGAAGAACAACGUCAUGGCCAGAACACGGUUGGUAGUGCCCAACAAAGGCUAUUCCUCUUUAGACCAGAGCCCAGAUGAGAAGCCCUUGGUGGCCCUAGACACAGACAGUGAUGAUGAUUUUGACAUGUCUAGAUACUCAUCGUCGGGAUACUCCUCUGCUGAGCAAAUCAAUCAGGAUCUGAACAUCCAGCUUUUGAAAGAUGGUUACCGCCUAGACGAGAUCCCAGAUGAUGAGGACCUGGAUCUGAUCCCGCCCAAAUCAGUCAACCCUACCUGCAUGUGCUGCCAGGCAACCUCCUCCACCACCUGUCAAAUACAGUAACCCCGCCCCUCAGACCUACUGCCUUUUCUCCUUUCCACACAGUAUAACCCCCCAAUCUUCAUCUGCUGUGAGUUUACUUCGCCACCAGAGUGGCGACAGUGAAGCAUUGGUAGAGUAUUGUAAUGACAGUUAAGUGCUAUGAUGAUAAUGACAAUGAGAAAUAAUCAAAUUAACAUAUAGAAGGUUUGGUUUAAAAUCUAGGAGAAGGAACACAUAUGAAGAUAUUCAAUAUGUAUUUAAAAUAUGAGUAAAGUGGUGGUUUCCUCCUAUGGUAGGACGUACACUUGUGUUUGAGAGCCCUUCUCCUGGUGAACAUGAUGUAACAUAUAACACACUGAUAUUGGUAGACAGAAAACAAAAGGUCAGUUGAUGCUGUAAAGUGACUUCCAUUUCCCUGAAGAAUAAGAAACAUUAUCAUAUCUGCUGACUCAACUGUUCUGCUUACCGAAUUCUGGUUGCAUUUUUCUAGUUUGUUUUUGUUUAAAUGCUUACUUUUUUUUAAACCGGAGGGAUUGGUAUGAUUGUAUGUGUUGACAUGAAGAUGUUUUAGAAGCACGGACUGCGGACUUGGUAACCCAAAUAGAGGAUAUCUGGUACUGUAUUCGUUGUACUGUACAGGGUUGUAGCACUGUAGCACAGGCCAGGUCGUUGCACUCAUUCACAUCACCUUCAACACUUUUGCUUUUGUUGCCCUACUGGCUUGAGAUGUGUCAGUAUAGAGUUUAGGAAUGAAUGAAUGAACAUGAAUGGCUGAGGAACAAACUGCAUGAAAAGCACUGGACUGAAUUAUUGAAUGGAAAGUAAUAAGUAGCCUGUUGCACAUAUGAUUUUGCAUUUCUAUUGUGCAAUCACAUGCUACUGUUGUGGCUCUAGCUUGACUUGUUAUUGUUUUGAAUUUGCACAUUUUGUAUUUCAUUUUUUGGGGCCAUAUCCGUGUACUCUUUCCUGCUUCGCAGUGACAGUGUCUUAUCUGAAAUGAACUGUGUCAAAAGGGAAGAUUACAUUAUGUUACACCGACCCUCUAACACAUGAUACUCACAUGAUUCACAUAUUAUCAAGGCCAAAGGGAUGGUGGGGUGCCUUUAGACAGAUUUUUUCAACACACUCUUUUGUGUACCCCUUUAUUAUACCUUCUCUUAGUGUCACAGAACCUGAUGAUCACUGGACACUCCCUUCUUCCCAGUUCUGUUUCCACCCUACAGAUCAUCAAGGGAGCACACAGAUUCAAACACAAGAAACCCUUUGUCAUCUUUUACACACAGACACACACACACACGCAUGCAUGCAUACAGACAUACAAUGACAACAUAAAGAGUGAGAUGGCAUCUAUUUGUCUCUUUUGACUAAUAGGUUGGCAAUUGUUUUGUAAUUGCAACAUCAAGGAUUGUUGACUUGGAACACUAAUAUCCUUAAUUUACGACUCUCCCCAUCCCCUAAAUCAGCUGAUUAUUUGCAGUUAGAGUAUGCCUUAAGUACAGAAAAGUUUAAAAGAUGUGUGUGUUUAUUGCCGUUUUGAUAAUUUAGUUUAUUUGAAGAGCAUUUGCUGUCUAUGAAUUUAUGCU